UUUGUAAAUUUAAAAUUGUUAUUAUUUUAAUUUUUAUUCUUAAAUCUUAAUAGUGACCACUGACAAUAUUGUGACGGUUAAAUCACAGAAUAAACUAUAUUAUAUUUUAUAAAAUUAUAUUCUGUGCUGUAGUUAAUAAUCUAAUAAACACAAUCUGUUUCUGUUUCGAUGUCCAAAAUGAUGUCAAUGCCAAUUAACCCCAAACCCUACUUAAACGGGUUAAUGGGGAAAACUGUCAUAGUCAAAUUGAAAUGGGGUCACGAAUAUAAAGGUUUCCUCGUGUCCACCGACAGCUACAUGAACAUACAAUUGGCCAGUGCCACAGAGUUUGUUGACGGUUGUGAACCGGCUCUUCUCGGUGAAAUCAUGGUCCGGUGCAAUAACAUACUUUACAUUCGGAUGGUGGACGACGAAAAUGAAGACAUGGACGAGGAUAACGCAAAAUCUUAAUCAAAACAACACUUGAAAAAAAGUUGUUUUUCUUUUUACACUAGUUAGUAGUUAAUAGUAAAUUUUUAAUAACAAACAACUUUAUAACGUUUAAAGUAAUUUUUUAUUCUAAGAAUAAGAUACAAACAUUGGUUUGUGUAGUGUUAACUAAAUGUAAACAUUUUUGCCAAGUAUACAAUAUAAAAUCUGUGAAUUUUUAUCUUAAAAUUUGUAACUUUCUUACCGACUAUUUGAGCGUCGUUCUUUAUAAUUAUUAAUUUAUAACACAUAAUACACAACAUUUAAUCGAGUGUGGACAUUUCUUGUAAUCGUCUCGUCACGCACAAAUAAUCGUCCUUAUACACCACUUGUUAUCGUCUAUUUUAAACUCGAGCGUAUACGACUAAUGAACUAACAAAACUUAC